GAAGGCAAUGACAUAAGGCAAAGCACUACACAAACAGUGCUGCAGGACUUUACACUUACAAACAACUUCCUCUAAGUUGUAGUUGUGGUUUUCCCCAGCACCUGGUGGGGUGAACCAAGGGUGGUAGUCACACCACAAUGUGUUAAUAGCAAAUAAAAACCUGAUGAUGCAGAUGGGGGAUAGAAUUUCGUUUUUCAGGUUGCUGUGUGAUUGCUCUGAUGCUGUGCUUUGUUUUCCCAUGGAGCCCUGGAAAAGGCAUUAUGGCCUUUUGUUAAAGAGGUGGAAAAAACAAAUAUUCAGACAGGAGCUUAAAUUCUGAUGCUUCCUAACUUUUGAGUGUUUGGCAUAAUAAAUUGAAGAAAGACUGUAAUGUGGCUAUAAGUGUUGGAGAGAUUGGAGAUGUUUAAUGUUUAGAAAUCAUCACUUCUGUAAUUUCUGUAGAACCACAGGAAACAAGGGUUAGAGGACACUUCAAUACCAUGUAAUUUGCAUUUCUCCCUAGAUAAGAUGAGCUUCAUGAUGUAAUUUUGGUCAAAGAUGUGCUUUGCCUGAUGAUGGAGAUAUCAUAGCUCAGUACUAGUCUAAUACAUCUGAAUAUUUUUCCAGAAUGUGCACCUCCAAUCUUCACUCUAUUUUAAGACUAUUUCUUCUGUCUGCUGUUGAUUUGGAAAAGAGAUCACUGCUGCUUUCUUGUCACACAGCCUUUCCCCUUUUUAAAGUGGAGACUCAUUGAAAGUGUCCCCUUUUCAUUACAUGACACAGAAGGAGAGGAGGGGGAGAUGAAGCCUGGUGUUCAGCUGCCAUGUGGACUGAGUGAUUUAUUUCCUAGGCACUCAGUUUGGAAAAUGCCCAGCCGGAAGUUUGCUGAUGGCGAGGUGGUGAUGGGCCGCUGGCCGGGGAGCGUCCUGUACUACGAGGUGCAAGUGACCAGCUACGAUGAUGCUGCUCAUCUUUAUACUGUCAAGUACAAAGAUGGAACUGAACUUGCACUGAAGGAAAGUGAUAUAAGGUCGCAGUCAUCAUUCAAGCACAGGAAGAGCCAGUCUUCUUCAAGUUCUCCCUCCAGAAGGAGCAGCAGCAGAUCUCGCUCUCGCUCCCGGUCUCCUGGCCGGCCAGCAAGGGGCAGGCGUCGCUCUGCUUCCCAGAGCAGGGAGCACAAGGAGGACAAGAAGAAAACCAUUCAGGAGACCAGCUUGGCUCUGCCGGAGAAACCGAGUGAGAAUAACACCAAAAGGUACAAUGGUGAACCUGAAAGUACAGAAAAAAAUGCCACAUCCUGCAUCAUCCUGGAGCAAAAGUUAAAACCAGACCUGGAGAUCAAGCGUGUGCUUGAGCAGUACAGCUUGCGUUCGAGGAAAGAUGACAAGAAAAAAGAAGAGAUCUAUUCAGAGAAAAAGACUUUUGUGGCUGUAAAACCAAUUGAGAAAGUAUCAACAAAAACAAAGGAGCUGGAGUUUGGGGGAAGAAUUGGGACCUUCAUGCUGAUGCUUCUCCUGCCUGCUACUGUACUCUAUUUGCUGUUGAUGUGCAAACAAGAUGAUCCAAGUCUUCUGAACUUCCCUCCUCUGCCAGCACUUGAGAGUCUUUGGGAUGGGAGGGUGUUUGGUGUCUGUCUUCUGUGGUUUUUCCUUCAGGCUGCAUUUUACUUGCUGCCAAUUGGAAAGGUUGUAGAAGGCCUGCCCCUUUCCAGUGGAAGGAGACUGCAGUACCGGAUAAAUGGGUUUUAUGCUUUUAUUUUGACUGCUGCAGCUGUUGGAGUUUUAUUAUACUUCCAGUUUGAGCUUCAUUACGUGUAUGAUCACAUCCUGCAGUUUGCAGUGUCGGCUGCAGCUUUUGCUUUGGCACUGAGCAUUUACCUGUACGCUCGAUCCCUGAAAGCGCCCGAGGAGGAGCUAGCACCAGGUGGAAAUUCUGGGUAUUUUAUUUAUGACUUCUUCACUGGACAUGAAUUAAACCCUCGUAUUGGCAGCUUUGACCUCAAAUACUUCUGUGAGUUGCGUCCAGGAUUAAUUGGCUGGGUUGUUAUAAACUUGGCAAUGCUCUUGGCUGAGAUGAAGAUCCACAAUCUCAGCGUGCCAUCCCUGUCCAUGAUCCUUGUGAACUGCUUCCAGCUUCUCUAUGUGGUGGAUGCUCUUUGGAAUGAGGAAGCCGUUUUGACUACAAUGGAUAUUACCCAUGAUGGAUUUGGAUUCAUGCUGGCGUUUGGAGAUCUGGUGUGGGUUCCAUUUGUCUACAGCCUGCAGGCCUUCUACUUGGUGGGUCAUCCCACCACAAUUACUUGGCCUGUUGCUGCUGCAAUUACUGUUCUGAACUGUAUUGGGUAUUACAUCUUCCGCAGUGCAAAUUCUCAGAAAAACAAUUUCCGACGGAAUCCAGCAGAUCCCAAACUGGCCAAUCUGAAAUUUAUACCCACUGCAACUGGAAAAGGGCUUCUUGUCACAGGUUGGUGGGGCUUUGUUCGUCACCCUAAUUACCUCGGUGACAUCAUCAUGGCUCUGGCAUGGUCCCUACCCUGUGGUUUUAAUCACAUUUUACCCUAUUUCUACGUGAUCUAUUUCAUCUGCCUGCUGGUCCAUCGGGAGGCUCGUGACGAGCACCACUGCAAGCAGAAGUACGGCUUGGCCUGGGAGCGGUACUGCCAGCGCGUCCCCUACCGCAUCUUCCCCUACAUCUACUAGAGCACUCCGGGGCCCCAGGGCACCUCACUGCUACACUUAGAUCCCUUGCAGAGAAAGAUACCUCUUACCUUUGCACUUGGUCAUUUGGUAUUUAGGCUUUGAAAGAAAACAAAACAAACAAAACCCGGCCAAACGUUGGAGUGCGUCAAAGGUGUUGCUUACAAGUAGACUUCAGGAUGUGAGUUAUGUGAACUGACUGUCUGUGACUUCAAUUUUUAAAAAAAAUUGUGAAUUUUCAAAACUCUUCGAGCCCUAAUUUUUCAAGCUAAAUUUUAUCUAGAAUUCUGAGUUUACAUUUUUUUAUUGCAUUUAAUUAAGCACUGUGAUGUAAAGUAUAUUAUUUUCUUAAUACAAUAAAUGCUGAAAUUCCAUCCAGUUCAUUUUUUGGUGUUACUCGUACCAUCUAACUUCAGAUGUCCAAUUUAGUUGCCUGAAUUGGAGGAGCAGCAGGCUCUUUUUGGUCAGUGGAGCUGGAAGCAGAGGAUGUGACCCAUGUGAGGGCCCUGCAGCCCCACAACCAGAGCUGGCACAGCUUGGCUACAUGGUUGUUCCUCCCCUGGCUUUUCAUUGAUGGCAUUUUUUUGGUCAGAGAGGCUCAGCUGGCCCCUCCUGCCCUGCACCUGCAGGAGGAUAAAGAGAUGGAAUUGGGACGAGGGGCACAGCUGUUCCUUUCUCCCACCCCAGGUUGUUGAGGCAGUUCCAGGAAUGCCCAGGGGCAGCUCUGAGCCUGGCAGAGCCCCUGGCCCUGGAGGUGGGAGCCACACUUGUGGCUCACACUCCUGGAGGGGGAUGAAAC